CUACCAGCAAAGGAAAGGAACACUCGACUCAACUUGGGUCCCUCCCUUUCUCUCCCAUGUUCAGAUCACACCAGUUCUUUCUACGAAAUGCAUACGUGUGUCUCAACUCUCUUUCAGCUAAUCCUUUUUCUUCAACACGUUCCUCAAUUCUAUAUUCUCUUACCUCUAGUUCUCCGAAUUCCUUUAAACAAAAAGUAUAAUUUAUCAGUAUAGUUGAAUCAAAAGAGCAAAAAUCCUUUGGAAAUUUUACAACAACCCAAAUUUUGGCAAUCAAGAGCGUUAGAUUCGAUUCUUGUCAUGUCCUCCUCAUCGCUAUUAUACUAACCGCAUUAAAUAAUUUGCUUCUAUUCACCCAUUUGGGAUCAAUGACAUUUGUCUUCUCCUUGCCCCCUUUCAUGGUAUUAUUGUAAUCAUAUCAACUGCCAUUAGUUCCUCAGUAUACCCAUCAAAUUAUACAUAUUCACAUCUUGAUUAGGCUGAAAAAACUUGGUGGGUAUUACCUAAUUUGGUUAUAAUUGAUAUUAUCUGUUCUGGGUCUCUCUCUGCUUCCACUUUUUUUGUCGGUGUUAAUGAGAAUCAAUUGCUCCUUGCCCUAGGUUCAGUAUAUGUACUUUUGGGGACCAUUUUAAUGAUUUCUCGAAGUCAUAUAAAGAACCUGGAUCUAAUUUUCCGGUUGAUUUUGUUGGUUUAAAUCGGUGUGAUGCAUAUUGAAGUUAUUAACAACAAUGGCGACUUUGAUCCCUGGUGUAUUGUUGAAAUUGCUUCAGCAUAUGAACACGGAUGUGAAAGUUGGAGGUGAACACCGAUCAUCUCUAUUGCAAGUGGUGAGCAUUGUUCCUUCUUUAUCUGGCGGUUCACUUUUUAAAAACCAAGGGUUUUACAUAAAAGUAUCAGAUUCUUCUCAUUCCACAUAUGUUUCUUUACCUGAUCACCAAAAUGAUCUUAUUCUCAAUGAUAAGAUCCAAUUGGGUCAAUAUAUAUUCGUGGAGAGGCUGAAAUUAGCCUCUCCGGUGCCCAUUUUACAAGGGUGUCGGCCACUUCCUGGCCGACACCCUUGUAUAGGAACCCCUAAAGAUAUUGUUGCCACACACUCUUUGGGAUUCCUAAACAAUAAUCAAUUGAGUAGCAAGAAAACUACACCGAUUUUGGCAAGAUCGAUAUCUCAAUUGUCAAAAUCGGUAAAUGAUGGAAUUGGAGCAAAAGGGUCUUUAAACCUAAACAAUAAUUUUAGUAGCAAGAAAACUACACCAGUUUUGGCAAGAUCGAUAUCUGAAAUGUCAAAAUCGGUAAAUGAUGGAAUUAGAGCAAAAGGGUCUUUGAACCUAAACAAUAAUUUUAGUAGUAGCAAGAAAACUACACCACUUUUGGCAAGAUCGAAAUCUCAUAUGUCAAAAUCGGUGAAUGAUGGAAUUAGUUUAAAAGGGUCUUUGAGAUUGAAAGCAAAAUCGAUCAAUUCUAGCCAAAUGCCUUUGUCUCCAACCGGUUGUUAUUCAAUGCCGAAUUCGUUUGAGAAGUUCUCUAAUGGGAUUAAGAAGCAAUCGAGUAUCAAUGGAGUAAAUAAGACAAUGGGUAAGUUGAAUUUGGGGGGAAAAGUGAGUCAAAGUGUGAAGAAGAAAUUUGGGAUUCAAGGUAUUGAUUUGGGACAUAAGGUUCUUAGGAAGAGCUGGAAGGGAAAUAUGGAGGCAAGGAUUCCAAAAUUUAGUAUCAACAGGAAAACUUCAAAGCCUGAAUCUCGGAUUACUUCUACUUCAAGAAAAUCGACAAGUGAAAGGACACAAUCGAAGGAGGAGGAUAAUAAAGUGAAGUUGUUUGAAAAGUCAUCUAAAGAAGAAAGUAAGAAUGAAAAACAAGUGAAGAAAAUUGCUACGAUUAAAGAAAAAUCAUCAAAUGGAAGGAAAUCAUUAGCAAAAGCUUCGUGUAAGGGAUUAUCAGGAAACAUGAUGAAGGUUUCUCUUAGUAAUAAGAGAUUAACAAAUGAAAGUGAUUCUUGGUCUUCACUCCCACUGGAUAUUUCAAAGCUUGGAAAGGAAGUCCUGAAGCAUAGAGAUGCUGCACAAAUUGCUGCCAUGGAAGCUAUGCAAGAAGCUUCAGCUGCUGAGAGCAUACUUCAAUGUAUAAGGACUUAUUCUGAGCUCUGUUCUUCAGCAAAAGAAGACAACCCACAGCCCACUAUUGACCAGUUUUUAUCCAUGAAUGCUACCUUAAAUAACAUUCAUCAAAUUACCAAAUCUUUAACAAAAAUCAUAAACCCUAAAUCAUCAAAUCCCGAAGAAAACCCAUCAGAAGAAAUUAUAAAACUCACAUCAGAUCUAGAAAAAAAAGCAAAUCUUUGGGUACACUCUGCCUUAAUCACAAACUUAUCAUCUUUCACAGUGUACACCAAACAACCACCAUGUUCUAGCCACCAACCCACCGUAGUACCUGAUGGCUCCACCAAGACCCCACCACCAAAGCCACGUAGGACCGUGGUUGACCAAAACUCCCGGGCCCCACCUCCAAAAUGGGAAAAGGGGUCUGGUCUUUAUGAGACGAUAAACUUGGCAGAAAUGUUGAAAAUGGAGUCGGGUGAUUGGUUCUUGGGGUUUGUUGAAAGAUUCUUGGAUGCUGACGUGGACAUGGUAUCGGAUAAUGGUUGGAUCGCUGGGAUGCUGACUCAGCUCAAGAGUGUGAGUGAGUGGUUGGAUAAGAUUGAGAUGAGUAAAGAUGAAGGGGAGAGGAUUGAUCGGAUAAGAAAGAAGAUUUAUGAUCAUCUUCUUACACAUGUGGAAUCUGCUGCGGUUGCACUUGGUGGAGCCUUAGUAACAUCACAAAGUGAAAGAAAAGCUAAAAUGUAAAAAAAAAAAAAAGAUUGUCAUUUUUUUUUUUGUAUAUACAAGAACCAAAAGGUUGUUGUGGUAUAGACGUAUAGGUGUGGAGUGUUCAUGUAAUUAGUUAUAAAGAGAGUUCAAGUUUUGGGUUUGCAUAGUUGUGGAACACAAUUAUUGAAAGUAUAUAUAGAAGAUGUCAUGUAUGUGUGUUUUAGCGUUUUAGGAUAUGAGAAUUAAUAAGUGAGGCGAGGUCCAAAGGUCGAAGACCGUGUGUCACCUUCUUUGUUCUGCUCUAAUUGGAGUUUACCAAGGGGUUAAAUGCAAGAAACAAGAAUGUACUCUUAUUGAUUUGUUUAUUAUAUUAUCAUACUUUCAUUUA